AUGGCAAGCUGGCAACACUUUCGUCAAAGUAUCCGUAGUAUUAUGGAGUAUCGGAAUGGCGUCGUUGCUUAAAGCGGUAUCUAGUUUUCGUUCUUUUAAACUCGCAAGCAGAUUUUCGUACGCGACGUCGAAUGUCGGAUCUUCUUUUCCUGCAGAAUGGGUCGAAUUGGCCAAAAGUCAGCUUAAAGGAAAACAUCCGGAAACGUUAACGCGGAAUACGGCGGAAGGCAUUGGACUGAAACCUCUCUACACCAAAUCGGAUUGUGCCAAUGUGGAAGAUGAACUACCCGGUAAGUUUCCCUUUACCAGAGGACCCUACCCUACCAUGUAUGCUCAGCGGCCUUGGACAAUCAGACAGUAUUCGGGGUUCAGUACCGUCGAAGAGAGUAACGCAUUUUACAAAGAGAACAUUAAGAUGGGCCAGCAGGGAUUGUCCGUCGCCUUCGAUUUGGCCACUCAUUGCGGCUACGAUUCCGACUGCGAUAGAGUGGUCGGCGACGUCGGAAUGGCAGGUGUGGCCGUCGACACCGUGGAGGACAUGAAGGCAUUGUUCGAAGGUAUUCCUCUUGACCAGAUAUCGGUUUCUAUGACCAUGAACGGGGCGGUCGUUCCCGUUCUUGCCAUGUUCGUGGUCGCUGCGGAGGAGGGUGGCGUCGACCCGGCGAAACUUUCGGGGACCAUUCAGAACGACAUUCUGAAGGAGUUUAUGGUGCGUAACACCUACAUUUAUCCUCCCGAACCUUCCAUGAGAAUCGUGGGCGAUAUUUUUGCUCACGUUUCGAAAAGCAUGCCAAAAUUUAAUUCCAUCUCCAUCUCCGGUUAUCACAUGCAGGAGGCGGGGGCCACGGCCGUCCUGGAACUGGCCUUUACCCUGGCCGACGGACUGGAGUACUGCAGGACCGGUCUCGCUGCCGGUUUGGAGAUCGACGACUUUGCGCCCAGACUCUCCUUUUUUUGGGGAGUCGGAAUGAAUUUUUACAUGGAGAUUGCAAAGAUGAGGGCGGCCAGACGUCUGUGGGCCCAUCUGGUGACGGAGCAUUUUAGUCCGAAAAAUCCUAAAUCCGCCGUGCUUCGGACGCACAGUCAGACGUCUGGUUGGUCUCUUACGGAACAAGAUCCUUAUAACAACAUAGUGAGGACGACCGUGGAGGCGAUGGCUGCCGUGUUCGGGGGUACGCAGUCCCUGCACACGAAUUCUUUCGACGAGGCGCUCGCUCUGCCUUCUAAAUUUAGUGCUCGCAUUGCUCGUAACACCCAGAUCAUUUUGCAGGAAGAGAGUGGCAUUCCGCACGUUAUCGAUCCUUGGGGUGGUUCUUACAUGAUGGAAUCUUUGACAAAUGAUGUUUACGAUAAAGCGUUUGAGAUUAUACAAGAAAUUGAAGAAAUGGGUGGUAUGGCUAAGGCCGUAGCAAGUGGAAUGCCGAAAUUGAGAAUAGAAGAAUGUGCAGCUAGAAAACAGGCUCGAAUAGACAGCGGAAAAGAUAUUAUUGUAGGUGUUAAUAAAUAUAGAUUGCCCAAUGAGGAACCCAUUGAUGUUCUCGUCGUUGAUAAUACUAAAGUAAGAAAUGCUCAGAUUGAAAAAAUCAAGAAAGUAAAAGAGAGUCGAGACAAUGUUAAAUUGAAAGAGUGUUUAGACAACUUGACAAAAUGCGCACUGACCAAAAGUGGCAAUCUCAUAGCACUUGCAAUCGAUGCAGCUCGAGCAAGAGCAACUGUUGGUGAAAUAACAGAGGCCAUGGAAAAAGUAUUUGGUCGUAAUGUUGCUUCUGACAGAAUGGUUUCGGGAGCGUACAAAGGAGAAUAUUCUGAUCAGAAUGAACUGGAUUCCAUUAGGAAGAAAGUAGAUGACUUUUUUGCACUUGAGGGCAGAAAACCUAGAAUUUUGGUUGCCAAAAUGGGACAGGACGGACACGACAGAGGUGCCAAAGUGAUUGCCACGGGAUUUGCCGACAUGGGAUUUGACGUAGACGUCAGUCCCCUUUUCAGAACACCUCGAGAAAUUGCACAAUUAGCAAUUGAUGCGGACGUCCAUAUAAUUGGAGUUAGUAGUCAGGCAGCUGGUCAUAGAACUUUAGUGCCCGAACUUAUUAAAACUUUAAAGGACAUGAAGAAAGAAAAUAUUUUGAUUGUCGUCGGUGGUGUAAUACCCCACCAAGAUUACAAUUUUCUUUAUCAGUCUGGUGUUUCUUUAAUAUUUGGUCCAGGAACAAGGAUUCCUCAAGCUGCUUUAAACAUUUUGGAAUUGUUGAAUACAUCAGAAAGAAAAUGCCAACAUGCUUGAAAUUUGUUUUAAAAAUUUUGAUUUCUUUUUUAUUGUAAAGUGUGUCAAAAAUAUUUGUUAUAUUAUUGCAACUGCAGAAAUAAUAUAAAAAUUAAUAAUUAUAUUUUGGCAUAACAAAGCAUUGCAUACAUCAAAAUUUAAAUAUGA